UGUAGAAUCAAUACUGAGAAUAUUUUUCAGAAUUUUGAUAGGCACUUUAACCUAAAAGAGGUAAUUCUAACUACGACAAAAAAAAAAAAAAGAAUUUUCUACCAAGUUUAUUCUAUAUCUAUUGAAGAUUCCCUGUGCAGCUUAGCAGGCAUAUCUCAUUUGGGCUCCUCGGUCUCCAAUUUCAUUGUAUCCUAUUCAACACAGUUACGAUGUGUUCACGUCUUGUCACUUGUUAUUUGUGUUCAUAGUGUCAUCCUAGCAGGUCGUUGAGCGCGCUUCACGAACCACUUGAAUUGAAGAGGCUAGCUGUCGAUGAAUUAUUUAUUUUCUAUUUUGUCUUCAUUUUUAACAUAUAUAGGUAUAAUCUAUUUUUUCUUUUACAAAUACCAAGACCAAACUUUUUUGAUUUUUUUACGACGCAAAGGAAAGUAUUAACUGAUGCUGGGAUGGAAAAAGUUUAUUUAUUUGAAUUUUUGGUUUUGAUGUUCUUUGCAUUUGAAGUUUUGCCGUCAAAUUCGAGAUUGAAUCAAGGAAAUGUUUUCAGUGAAAAAGUGGAUCACCAAAAAAGUCAGUUCAGUGAAAAUCAUAGGAAAUUCAGUUCUGGAGGGAUGUAUAACGGUGAUGCUCUUUUACAACUAGAUAAGGCGGGAAACAAUUCAAAAGGCCCGCAAUUCGAAACAAUAUCAAGCAUUGUAAAUGAAACUUUGGAAGAAGCUGCAAAUACGACGCAAGGAAAUACAACUGUGUUACCAGGAGGCUACAAAAUAGUGAAGCCCAAGAUCUCUCCUCAUGUUAUCAAUUCCAUUGUCAACAAAACCCUUUUUAAAGUUUUGAGUAAUGUUUCAAGGGACGAUCCUUCUGAAAGUGCAACCGAGAAAGAUGAAGGAUCAGGGUCUGGGUCUGGUUAUAUUAGCUGUGAAAUGUGUCCUGGGUGUGUGGAUUGUGUUGUCAUGCCCGCACCAUUAGCUCCACCGCCGGUUGAGGUCGUUCAUGUUAAUCAGUUUAAUGAAAACCCAUGUCUUCAUGGUGGAGAAGUGCAAGAGUUUCCCAAUGGUACGUUUUUAUGCAUGUGUCCCGUUGGCUUUAAAGGAAAGACUUGUAGAGAUCUGUUAUACUGCCAUUCCAAUCCAUGCCACAAUAAUGGCACAUGUAUUGAAGAUGCCCAUGGAUUCAAGUGCAUUUGUCCAAAAGGAUUUAAAGGCUGCACAUGUGAAGAAUUCACUUCUUGUGAACCAAAUCCAUGUGAAAAUGAUGGCAUUUGCAUCCAGAUAGACAACAACUUCAAUUGCGCGUGCAAACCAGGCUAUCAAGGGGAAAGAUGUAAAGAUGCGGAUCCUUGUUUUAUAAACCCAUGUCUGAAUAGUGGAACCUGUACAAUUAUUCGGGGCAAAGCUAAUUGUUCUUGCACUGCACACUAUGGAGGAGAUUACUGUCAAGUGGAAAAGGUAUGCUAUGAUAAUCCUUGCCAUAACGGAGCCACUUGUGUUGAAAACCCAACGAGACCUUGCAUCUGUACCAAGGGCUAUGCUGGUCGGUUAUGUUCAGAGCACGUUUGCCAUAGCAACCCAUGUUUGAAUGGAGGCGCUUGUGGGGUGGUUCAAGCAACGGCCGGUGGUGAUAACAAGUGGGCGUACAGCUGCACGUGUCCAGUGUUCUUCGAAGGAAAAAAAUGUGAAGUUCCUAAUUUCUGUAAAGGUGAUCCCUGUAAAAAUGGUGGCACAUGCGUUGAUCUGUACAAACAAAACAUGUUAAGCAAGCGAUGGAUAAACCUCAUGCAUCAACACCCUUAUUACAAGUGCAUCUGUCGGCCAGGAUACACGAGCAAGCAGUGUGAGACCGAUAUCUGUGAUUCAUGUCACGACCAUACUGUGUGUGUCGAUCAUCGUUGCGUUUGUAAUUCUGGAUAUACUGGUGAUGGGUUCGACUGUACAAGAAUAGCCUCUCCUUGUCACCCAAAUCCGUGCAGUAACGGCGCAACAUGUUCUAUUGGACCUGAUUUGUCUUAUGACUGUAAAUGUCCCAAAGGGUAUUGCGGGGAGCACUGUGAUCUUAUAUGUGAUAUGUGUGCCCUGAAGCCCUGCAUGAAUGGUGGAAGUUGCUAUGCAAUAGGAGAUAAGAGAUUUUGUGUCUGCCCUCCACAAUACACAGGACCAGACUGCAACAUACGCCUUCCAGACCUCUGCCAGCCCAAUCCUUGCAUGCAUAACUUCCCUUGCAAAUAUCUGAAGGAGAAGCAUGACUACUUCUGCGAUUGCAAAGGAAAAUACAGUGGGAAAAACUGCCAAGAUUGUGAUUGUCCAAAAGCUACAAUCGUGCCUGGUAAGAAGACAUAUGACUCGACUUGUGAUGCCGUAGGGGACUGUAUUUGCCCAACCAUCGAUGGCGUUUCUUUGACAUUUGAUGCACAUAACGGCUGUGUUGAAGGUAAAACAGAACAACUAUGUUUUCCAAACCCCUGUCAAAACGGAGGUACAUGCCUGGUAAAAGGCGAAAGACAGGAGUACUGUGUGUGCAAACCGCCUUACUACGGCGACCGUUGUCAAUAUAAGUUCUGUGAUGUUGCAAACCCAUGUCAGAACUAUGGAACAUGCAUAGAUAUUGGAGUAAGAGAUUAUAAAUGUAGAUGCACACCACAGUUUACUGGAGAGAAUUGUACAGUUCCUGUCCCUGAACCAGUGGUUGAAACUCUUUGUUCCCCAAGCCCCUGUCUUUAUGGUGGUACGUGUAAAGAGAGAGGGAAUGGGUACGACUGUAUCUGUCUUUCGCGAUACACCGGACCCAACUGUGAAGUUGACCGCUGUGCUGAUUGUGACGUCAAUGCUGAUUGCGUUGAUGGACACUGCCGCUGUCGUCAAGGCUACAUCGGCACAGGAUACGUUUGCGAGAUAGAUAGUGAAUGCGGCGGCAUUGUCUGUCCAACCGAAAACCAGCAGUGUAUAUCAGGCCAAUGCGUGUGCAUUCCUGGGACCACUUGUAUAACCAACAGGUAACUGGCUCAGUUUGGAAUUUGGUGUGGGAACCUCGUAGGGGACACUAUUACCUAUUGUUCCCUCACCGGUGAAUUUUUUCUGUACGAAUAUAAAUAAAUAAAUAAAUGCUAAAAGUAGAUACAUAGGAAACCAUUAGGAACUUAUUCCCGUGUGCUCGAUCUUCACUUCCUUUUACUUGGCUAGCUCAGUUAGGGUAGUAUAUAAUGUACAACAUGUUAAAAGUAGAUGCAUAGGAACUCAUUAGGAGCUUAUUCCCGUGUGCUCAAUCUUUAGUUCCUUUUAGUUGGCUAGCUCAGUUAGGGUAGUAUAUAGUGAACAACAUGUAAAAAGUAGAUGCAUAGGAACUCAUUAGGAACUUAUUCCCGUGUGCUCGAUCUUUAGUUCCUUUUACUUGGCUUGCUCAGUUAGGGUAGUAUAUAAUGUACAACAUGUUAAGAGUAGAUACAUAGGAACUCAUUAGGAACUUAUUCUCGUGUGCUCGAUCUUUAGUUCCUUUUAGUUGGCGUAUGUUCUACAUAUCACAAGUGAUAGCAUCCUGAGAAUCGAUAUCAUUUUUACUGCAGUUUUCAGUUUUAUGCGAACUCGUCAAUUACAAGCUGGUUUUCCGCUUCCGUCAAUCGUAUUAUUCAAUAAUCAGUUUGUACCUUAUACAUUUUUGACUGGCGGUAGUGAAAAUUCCAACGGGCAACUCGCAACUUGCAACCCUGAGUUCGUGUAAUAUUGAAAGUAGCGGUACUAAUGUUUAAUCAGCGUGCGUUAUAUGAAAAGGUAUUGACAAGCAUUCGUUUUCCCACUAACACGCAAUCACUGGAAUGAGUCAGAUGGCUUUAAAACAACGUUUUUUUACAACCACCACUCCCGUACGGGGCUCUUCCGUGAGGUUCCCUCCACACGGGAUAUUGGAUGAAGCGUUUUUAUUGGCUCUUUUUCAUGGGGCGGAGACAAAUAUAAAUGGUGUACACAGUGCGAUAUGGAAACUUUACCUUGUUCCCAUGACGUAUAUAAUUUUUUUCGAAUGAUUUUGUUUUAGAAUUAGCAAGGAUAAAUUAUUGUUUAUUCAUCAACAAGAAAUGUUUUAUAAAAAAAUGGCAGCGCGAGUUUGAGAAUGUAAGGGAGAGUAUCUCUGCAACAAAAGUGUCCCCAACUUAUAUGUCACAACUACCCAUUUCACAGAAAUUAAAGCUACUUGUGCGUAGGUUUAUCCUAAGAUACCAAACCAAACCUCGAUCAAAAAAGAUUCAUAACUUCCAUACAAUUACAAUUAAUAUGCACAUGAUGAGAAUCACAUUAUAGUAAAUCGUUUAUUAUUAGAUUAAAUAAAUGUAAAUGAAUAAUUAUAAAUAACUGAAUUCUAUUUGUUAAUAAACUUGAUUAAACACUU